AUGAAAAUGUCAGACUGUAACUUUGUAUCACAGGACGUGAGCAUGGAUGGAACAAUGAGUGACGAUUCUAAUUUUGCUAGCACGUCAUCCUGGACCGGGAUCGCCACAUCAGAGCCGAUGGACGACAAAGAGAAGGAUGAGGACAUUGAAUCUUAUUACUUCGAGUCGGACCAUCUAGCGUUUCGCGGAAACAGCGAUUAUAACACAAUGUUGAAAACGAUAGCCUUACUAGAGGCACAAAGAAUUCAAGCUAUAGCAGACAUAGAGAAGCUGCAUGAAUGCAUGGAUGAUGCUCUAAAAAGCCCAAUUGAGUUUGUAAAUAAGCUGCAGCAUGGUGUAGAUCUAGGUUUACCAAAAGCACAGCAAAUUGCAGAACUCCCUGAAAUCAACUGGGAGAAAUACACAAGCUCGGUUGACUUUUCCAGUUUUGGAUUUCCUAAACAUGUGACUCGAUUAAGAAAGCAGUUAGUUGAGGGACCAAGCAAUCCAGAAUGCUUGGAUGACUCCGUGAAAGUGGAGGGUAAUAUGACAUUAGUGAGAGGUAGAGUAAAAGGAGAAGACAAGACAGAAACAUUCAACAAGUUAUGGACAGCAGAGGAACAGAAAAGAUUAGAGGAACUUUUGGUAGAAUUUCCUCCUGAAGAAGUGGAAGCAAAACGAUGGGCAAAGAUUGCAAAUGCACUUGGAAACAGAACACCUAUCCAAGUGGCAAGCCGUGUGCAGAAGUACUUCAUUAAGCUGGCCAAAGCAGGACUCCCAAUUCCUGGGAGACUUCCAAACAUUGCUUUUCACAGACCAAAGCAUUCACAUAGACAUCAAAGAUUCCAGAAGUUUUACUACCAACCAUCCACAUUCCUGACAUCCCACGAACCUCCAGUUUAUAUGUCAGAUGAUGAGAAUAAUUCAGAGUCCUUCUAUGGUGGUGAUGAAUCAAAAGAAAACUUCCUGAGUUCUGGAUUUGAUAACUCAGACAAUGAUGAAGAUCCAGACGAAGAUGAACUCAUUCCUAUUGAACUGAGAAAUACACCAGAGUAUGAAGAAUUGAUGCAACUGAAAAAACUAAAACACCACAAAAUGAAAGUGAAGAGAGAAGUGACCACAAAACAUUUUGGCUUCAAAUGUGAUGGUUGCAAUUGUGACCCAAUAAUUGGUACAAGGUGGCAUUGCCAAGAUUGUGAUCAAGAAGACUGUGUGGAUUUUUGUGAAAAGUGUGUCAAUAGAAACAUUGAGGUAGGACAACAUAACUCCAGUCACCGCCUAACAGCUGUAACGAAGGACUACACUGAUUAUGGGACACAUAACUCCAGUCACCAUCCAACAGCUGUAACAAAAGACUCUGCUGAUAGUGAUUAUGGGACACAGUCUUUCAUGCCAGAGGGAUAUAACUAUUUAGACCCAAAUUACAUGCCUGCAACAUAGGCAAAAAUCACAAACAAUAGCUGUACAUAACAAUGGUAAAAAAAUAAAUCAGUCUGUAGUAGAGUUUAUUUAAUUGCAACAACAGAUAUUUUAAAUAGCAGAUGGCUCUAAUAAAGGUAAAUAAUCAGUGUGUAAUGUAUAGUACAUGCAUUGGUAUAGUUUUGUAUGAACUUAUGAAGUGAGAUGUCUUUAUGUAUAUGUUAUAUGUGUAGUGUAACUUCCAUUUACUUAGAUAUACUCAGUGCAUAUAUUUUAUCACAAAA